AUGUGUCCCGCGUCUCAUCAAGGGCUGCAGCGCAGCCGCAGUCCUCGCCUCUCCACGGCGCGAGUGCUUCAAUGGGUGCUGUUGCUUGUGGUCCUGCUGUGCAGUUUCUCACUUAUGGCGGCGGUGGUGACGGCACCCUGCGGCGACGGUGCUCAUCGCGCGAUUUGCGUCUCUGCCUUAAGCGGCGCUGUAUUGGGGAGGGGGAAGGGCCUACACGCGCCACCGCUCACUGUGUCCUUGCUGCAGCCCGUAGCGCUACCGCCCCACACGGGUUCCGCUGUUGUGGUGGCCGCCGCGCGGGCUGACGGCGAUGUUGACGACACUGACACGUUUUCGAAAGUGGGCGAUCUGUUCGCCGUGGAGGAGAGCGCUUCUGCAUCCGUGCCGUCUCCCUCGAGCACCGGCGUCCGCCAGGGCGCUAACGGGAGGGGCAGCACAGCAGCAAAGGCUCCAGGGACCACGGCUUCCUCGCCGUCGUUAUCCGUAGAGCCGUUGUCGCGAGGGUCGUCCGCGGCGCCAUCGUUGAGGUGGUCGUUGUCAUUGUCCUCAGCCGCCGACAGCGCUGUCGUGUUGGUCGGUGAAGACGACGCGGACACAGGACCGCCUCCCUCAUCGCCAGCACCCCCUCCCGACGACCUCGGCACGCGCCGCCCGCCUGCCACGCGCCUCGCUCUCCUCGGUCUCAUCGCCCUCGUGGUGCCCGCUGCUAUCAUUGCCCUUGUCGUGUGGUGUGUCUGCCGCCGCACACGGUACAAGCGAAAGGUGAAGGGCUUGCGUCUCAACGGCACUCGCCAACCCGGCGAGGUGGAUGACGUGGACAUGGGCAACGUUGUCAGGGGCGGCGAUUGGCUGAACCUCGACGCUGCCACCCCAGGCAGGACUAAGAUUGGCGCGAGCCGCACGCGUUUCUCCAUUUUGGUGCCGUCGACCGCUGCUGGCGCUCGCAUGGACGCCACGUUCGACCCGAUCGGGCAGCAGGCCGCGGAGACGCGGCAGCGCAAGCGUGCCCGGCGGGCUGCUGUAGCUGCUGCUGUAGCCGCCGUUGUCCCGGCGAACGAUGCUGGCGACGGUGGCAGUGAUGGCGUAGCGAGCCCGUUAAGAGGUGACUUGGGCGCCGGAGGGUCGGAUGUGUGGUCCAGCGAUGAAGAGGAGCAUAGCAACGGCUAUUCAGUGAACGGAGGCGUCAGUGGCGGCAACGUUGGAGUUGCGGAUGGUUCUGCCCAAGGACAUGCCACCUCGAGCGUUUUGCCCGGCACUGGAGCCACGGGUGCCGGGGCUUCGUCUGGAGCUGGCCCGCACCUGAGCGGUGGUGCUGUCGCCAGCUCCGUGGCAACCGCCGUUUCUCCACAGGAUCACGACCUGCACUACUUCAACGAGACGGCGCGUCUGCUGCUGGGCCGCUACACGGCAGAAAGCGGGGGUGGUGUGCCGCAGAUGCCGCCGUCGACGUUGCCAGGCGGCGGUGGUGCUGCUACGCAGAGCCUGCGGCUAUCUUCGGGCAACGAGGUGGAGAGCAGCAAGACCGUCGUGAACAAGCCCAAGUCGGCCUUUGAGCAGAUUCUUUCGUUCGCCGUUGCGCCGCUGCAGGUGGGCCCCGAGUUCCAUCAGCGCGGUGACACCACGGACAGCGGCAAUGUGGCGGACAGCGCCGGAGGGCCGAGAGCCGUGGCAGCGCCUGUGCCGCGGGACAGGGAACGUGCUGAGCGGCACACCGAGAAAGAGGAAAUGGAGGAGGAGCACGCCUUCCAGGGUGACGAAGAGCUCGAUGAGGAAUACAAGGGCGAGGUGUACGGCGAUUAG